UCCGGAGAUCUAGGGAAAAGACUAACAAGGCAAGUUUGCCAGAGACUUAAGCAAAAACCUGGAGCUUCUGCCACGCAGUCCAGCAGUGCAGGGGACGCUCCUUGGGUAUGGGACCUCCUGAGCUCUGGAGCUCUUGGAAAGCUCAUGUCAACUCAAUCAAACAAACAGAGAUUUUUGCCAGCUCACUGUAAACCUAAAAAGGCAAUAAUUGUCAUUUCUCUCCUCAUCUUCGGCACUGCUCUCUUUUUCCUGGGAACAUUAGUGCCAUUAAGGCACCAAGAGGAUGCCAUUAAAUGUCCAUCUGAUUGGAUUGGACAUCAGGGACACUGCUACAAACUUUCAGGAGAGGAAAAGAAUUGGAAGGAAAGCCAGAAUUUCUGUAUUUCACAUACUGCUUCCCUAGCCAAAAUUACACAGGAGGAAAUGGCUAUUGUGAAGAUGUUCACCAGAGAAAACGUCUUUUGGAUCGGCCUCAGGAGAGAACCAGAUCAGCCCUGGAAGUGGCUAGAUGGAGAAAAUUCAACGUUGGAAGUCAUGGGAAAUGGAGGCGACUGUGCAUAUUUGGAUGAAGAUGUCACAGCCAACUCAGGGAGAUGCACCACUGAACACCGCUACAUCUGCAAAAAAAAUUGAUCCAAGCACAUUCUAUUAGAGAAUCAUAUAUUCCCCAUCUCCCCUUCCCCUCCCCCCAUCCACACUUCAGCUGUAUUCUAUAACCACUGAACAUUGAUUGAUUGACUGCUAUUAACAUAUUGAUUGCUAUUAACAUAUUCUGUGUACUUCUAAGUACACAAAAUAAUAAUAAUAAUAAUAAAAAUAAAAUAAUAAGGGAUGUGGUGGCUCAGUGGCUAAGAUGCUGAGCUUGUCGAUCAGAAGGUCGGCAGUUCAGCGGUUUGAAUCCCUAGCGCCAUGUAACGGGGUGAGCUCUCAUAACUUGUCCCAGCUUCUGCCAACCUACCAGUUUGAAAGCACGUAAAAAAUGCAAGUAGAAAAAUAGGGACCACCUUUGGUGGGAAGAUAACAGCUUUCUGUGCACCUUUGGCAUUGAGUCAUGCCAGCUACAUGGCCACAGAGACGUCUUUGGACAGCGCUGGCUCUUCGGCUUUGAAACAGAGAUGAGCACCACCCCCUAGAAUUGGGAACGACUAGCACAUAUGUGCGAGGGGAACCUUUACCGUUACCUUUUUAAGUAACCUCUGGGACUGCCGUAGGAGAGUAAGAGAGAGGAUGUAGUGACAACGCAGAAGAACUACUGGUGUUAUUUUGAGGAGUUAGGAACAUAUGUUGAUUUCUCUUUCAUAUUAAGAAAAGUCUAGGAGUUUAGAGCUCAAUCUGAGGUGGCCUGCUAGUUUUUCAUGCUCGCUUUCUGAAGGAGGAAAAGGAGGGAUUUUCAUAUAGUUUCAAAGUUGAGAAAGUUUCAGACUUCCUAUUCACAUUCUGAGUCAUGUACCAGUCAGUCACAGUCAGGUCUUGUCAUCUUCUGACCAUAGAAAGGCCAUGAAAUUACAUUGCCAGGUUUUGGUGGAAACAAUGGAGUUAUAGAGCCAUGUGUUGUGGUGGUGCAGUGGUUAGAAUGCAAUAAUACUACAUUCUUACUGCAUUCUUACUUACACGUCUUACUUACUGCAUUCUUACUUACACGUCUGCUUACUGCCUGUAGUUUGGCAGUUCGAUUCUCACCGGCUCAAGGUUGACUCAGCCUUCUAUCCUUCCAAGGUUGGUAAAAUGGGGACCCAGAUUGUGGGGGGCAAUAGGCUGACUCAGUAAAUAGCUUAGAGAGGGCAGUAAGCACUAUGAAGCGGUAUAUAGGUCUAAGUGCUAUUGCUAUGUGUUGCAUGUGGGGAGCGUCUACACAGAACCUCACAUUGGAUAGUUAUUACUCUCUUAGGAAAGGAUUGAUUGCUUCUCUUGAGGUGACCUAGGUCGAACCAGUAGUUAAAAAAAGCUAAUAUCUGACGAUCAGCUGCGCCGCCCGGUUUAGUUUUGCUAGAAAGCAGGAAAUCCUGCUUUCUAGCAAAGCUAAACUGUGCGACACAGCUGAUCCCCUCUGCUGUUCUACGUACCUUCCCAAGCCUCCUUUUUGUGUAUACUGCGCACUUGAGCGUGUGCAGCACACACCAAAAGGAGGCUUGGGAAGGUAAGUAGAACAGCGGGGGGGGGGGGGGGAUCAGCUGUGCCGCACGGUUUAGCUUUGCGAAAUCUUUGCGAAAUCUUCCUAGCAAAGCUAAUGUCAACGUUCCAGAAACGCUGGACAGCUAAACCAUGCGACACAGCUGAUCGUUGGAUUGUAGCAUUUUUAAACUACCGGUUCGACCUAGGUCUCCUCAAGAGAAGCAAUCAAACUUUUCCUAAGAGACUUAACAGCUAUCUAAUCUAAUCAUCAAAUGCAGCAUGCAUUUGGUGUGUGCAUGCGUGGCCAGUGAACCAGUCGCAAACCGGUUCAGAUUUUACCACUGGAGGGGAGGCUUGAGCCUAGAAGAAAGAAAAUUGAAGUUGGAGGCUCUUCUGCUUAUGGCAGCAAUAAGAGGGAAUCAGGAAAGGUAAGAAUACUGAGCAGGAUGAAAAAAAGUCCCAAAUGAUGAGCAAGAAAGUUGAAUGUGUUUUGAAGGGAAGAGAGAGGAACAUUCUUAUUGAUGAUGAUAAAUAUAAGUAAGUCAGAAAGAAAGGACAGGUGGUACCUUCAUGUGUUCUAGUUUUUAAACUCUAUGUGGAUUAUAGAAAUUUAUUGGGUUUCAUUUGUCUCAGUAUGGCAGACGAUGAAUAAAAGGGAAAAUAAAAUAUGUUUAAGACAAUAUGUAACACAACCUCCAUGGACUGGCAUGGUCUAUCUGAGAAAUCUUAAAACAGUUUUUGUCUGUGGAAGCAGGUCAAGCAAUAAAUAUACAUAAAUUUUCUUCUUCCCAACUUUCAGGUUUUGAUUUUGGGAAGUUAUUGUGGAAAUAAAUAGUAUAAAUUCUUCACAGUUGAAUUUAUCACCUUUAAAGCCCUACAUGGGUUAUUUGAAGAACUGUCUCUCCCCUGUUCUUUUAACCCAAUCCACCAUGGCAGGAAGGCAAUGCAAGGUCACACGGCUUAGGGAUUGUUGCUGGGUGGGGGGGAUGGUUUUUUAAAAAUGUUUUAUGUUAUAAGCCGCCCAGAAUCACCUAUGUGUGAGUUUGGCAACUAUAUAAAUUUGUUCAGUAAAUAAGAAAUGAUUCAGUUGGCAGGUAUAUUGAUCCAGUGGGAAAUAUCUCUUCAGCUGAUUCCCUGUUCAUUGUGUUUCAUCUGAGAAAAUCAAAUUCUGCAUCUUGGCCUUUACUCAAACAAGACGCGCCCUCACCAAAGCUCAGUAGCUACGCAGCCAAAAUAAUCUCCAAAAAGAAAAAGGCCGACAAAGGAUUUCACCUCCCCUCCAUUUUCUCCACUUGCAACUUUCCCUGCCAGCUUCUCUCUGAUUUUCUGAGGAAGCUGGCAGAGAAGAUUACAAUGGCAAUCACAUGAUCACAGGGCAUUUGGCAACCCUUGGAAAUGCAAGCUGCUGUCAUUAUUGUGUGUCGGGGCAGAAUGUUUUUACAAUGGCCAUAAGUGACUUUAGAUUUAUAUCAGUGACCAUGAUCAGAUAUUAGUCAGAGCAAUCAUGAUCAGAUCUUAAGCAGAGCAAUCCUUGUCUUUCCUUUCAAAAUACAAAAGGUUUGGUUAUGGGUUUCCCGUUAACUCUGUUUCUUAUGACUAUGUUAUGUUCCUCUCCUCAAAUGUCAAGAAUUUAUACAUCAGUGUUUCCCUGCUUUUAAAACAGAGCUUCUAGCUACUCCAAAUGUGACUUUUGAAGUGCUUUACAACUUUGAAUUCUGUGAUUCAGAAUUCUGCUUUCUGAGACUUUAGAUGAGAGACGCUGCCAACAUAACUAUUUGCAAACCAUUAACCUGGCAGAGAAAUCUCACUGAGAUCUCACUAAUGUGCCUCUGCAAAAUCCUGACUUUGGACUCUUUGGAUGGGUCCUCUUUUCUGGGAGAUGGAAUCAUUUAACAAGGGCUACUUUUUUAUUUUAUUUUAAUCUGCUGGGUGAAACCCUUGCCAUCUUCUUUGGGAACCCAAGCAGUUGAAUUCACUGUCUUAAUUCAUGUUUGAUGUAUUGCCAGAGACAAAACUGUUAAUAUUGUUAUGUAUUUGAAUUUUCGGAGGGAAAUUUGGGCGGGAAAAAGCACGUUUCUGAUUGUCUGGUGCCUCAGCCAAAAGACUAUAUAAAGAAGGUUGUUUGCCAGUUGCUUUUGCUGGGUUCUCACAAUAAACUUAAGAGCUGUUGUCACCAA